CUCUCUCUCUCUCUCUCUCUCCCACGGGAAGAGACUGUAGACCAAAACAACAGCAAAACAUGAGGACGGUGCGCGUAAACCUCCCCCUGGCUGUAAUGCUGGGCCUUGCCGGGUCCAGCACGGCCUUCCUGCAGAGCGUGCGGCCUACCAACUUCGUGGUACCGGCGCACAAGUACAACGCGGCGGUAUCCCGAACGCGCGCGGCGGCGCAGCCGCGCCCCGCGGCCGCGACGGGCCGAGGUGUGCGCGUCAUGUCGGCGGCGGUGGACGAGACCGAGACGACGGAGACCGCUGCCGAGGCAACGCUCGAGGAGGCUGCGGAGGAGAUCCCGGUCGCUGCUGCCGUCGACGACCCCAUCUCUUCUGCCAUGGAGGAUGACGACGACGCGGUGUCGAUUGCGUUGGAGGACAUCGUUGUGGGCGAGGAGUACGAAGGCGUCAUCAACAACGUCGUCACCUACGGCGCCUUCGUAGACAUCGGUACCGAGGUGAACGGACUCGUGCACAUUUCUCAGCUGGCCGACGAGUUCGUGGCCAAUUGCGAUGACCACGUCAAGGAGGGAGACAUGGUGCGCGUGCGCGUGCUGAACGUGGACGGCGAGGCCCGCAAGCUGGUGCUCUCCAUGCGCCAGAAACCCCGCGCGUCCAGCGCCGAGCAGGGUAACGUCCAAAAGUACGCCGACAUGCUCGCCGAGGACCCGAGCCAGUUCGUAUCGGCCAAGGUGGAGAACAUCGUGAGCUACGGCGCAUUCUUCGCCCUCGAGGACGGCUGCUCCGGCUUCGUGCACAUCUCGCAGAUGUCGCCCACCGGCGAACACGUGGCGGACGUGAGCGACGUUUUGUCCGUGGGUCAGGUUGUCGACGUGCGCAUCCGUGAGGUGGACGAGAAGCUCGGGCGCAUCAACAUGAGCCUCCUCCCGUACGGCCAGGGCGAAGCCCCCCGGUCGGCGCCGGUGGCUGCCACCAAGGACGUGUCCCACCUCGCGGGCUCCGACCCGACGGAGUUCCGCAAGGGCACUGUGUCCGCUGUGGCGGACUACGGCCUGUUUGUCAACAUCGAGGGCGUCGACGGCCUGCUGCACGUCUCCAAGAUGAGCACGGACCGCUCCAUCACCUCGGAGAACAUCCACUCGCACUACCAAGAGGGCCAGGAGGUCGAGAUCCGAAUCAUGGAGGUCAACACGGCCAACAACAAGAUGUCGCUCAGCAUGCUCCCCCCCACGGAGGAGGCUGACUUCGGCAGGUACACGGACGUCUCCAGCGAUGAGUGGCUCGAGGGUACCGUCGUGUCGAUCAUGAACUACGGCGCGUUCGUGAGGCUGGACGGCGACGUGGACGGCAUGGUGCACAUCUCCCAGCUGGACCCCCACGGGGAGAGGGUGGACUCGGUCUACAACUCGGUGGAGAUCGGCCAGAACGUGAGGGUGCGCAUCCUAGAGGCUGACCCGAGCUCCAGGAAGCUCCGCCUCACCAUGAGGGAGCAGGGAUACGAGGGUGCCACCGGCGGCAACAUGGGCGGCGGGGGCAACGACCGCCGUGGCCCUAAGAAGGCCAAGUCCGUUGAGCAGUUCCUGAACCUCUCCCCGGAGGAGUGGAUCAGCGGCCGCGUGGCGUCCAUCACCCACUUCGGCGCCUUCGUUGCCGUUGACGACGACACGGACGGGCUCCUCCACAUCUCGCAAAUCGCUGAGGACCACGUGAGCAACGUCGAGGACCACCUGCAGAUCGGGCAGGAGGUCCAGGUACGCGUGAUCGAGGUGGACGUGGACAACUGCCGGCUCGGGCUGAGCAUGCGCGAGCCCCGCCAGAACUCUCCGCGCGGUGCGCGGGGGAAGAAGGACGUCAGCGUCCUGCUCGGCCGGGACCCUGACGAGUUCAUCCCCGGGAGGGUCGUGUCGAUCGUGCCGUACGGCGCGUUCGUGAACAUCGAGGGCAACAUCGACGGGCUCGUGCACAUCUCCGAGAUGGCCAUCGGCCGCGUGGACAGCGUGGAGGACGUGUGCGAGAUGGGCCAAGAAGUUCAGGUCCGCAUCUCGGACAUCAACACGGACAACAACACCGUCAACCUUUCCAUGGUGCCCGCAGGCGCAUACGACGACAGGAGUGGUGGGGGCUACGGGGGGGAGGACUACAGCUACUCGAACGACUACUCAAACGACUUCAAUUUCUAAAACGGAAGACAAGACCCCCCCCCGAACGAAGUGAUGAUGACUCCGUCAAGUAGGUCUACCCCUCACAACAACACUCCUGCGUGCUUCGCGGAAAAUUACUAACGAAGUCCCCGCCGAACCGGCAUGUCUUCUUCCGCGCGCUGCCGUGCGACCGAAAAAAAAAAAAAACGUUACAAAACGUGACGACGACGGUGCCCACCCUCCUGUGCAGGCGAUGAGGGUUACGGGGCAGAAGGCGGUAGGCGGGGGCGCGGGGGGGGCAGGGGACGCGGGGGGAUGGACUCCGCCGCGUUCGGGCGCGAAGACUUCGCUGACACGACCCAGGGGGGCGAGGGCGGCGGCGGGGCAGACUGGCAGCAGUUCCUCAACAAUUACUUCGACGACAAGGAGUAGAGCCAUUUUGGUGCUUGCUAGUCGACGGAUGCGUUGGGGUUUGAUAGGUUGGACGUGCUGCUGUUCCGGUCUCGGAUUACUUUGGUUGUAAACGCUGGUGCUGCUGCGGUUGUCGUUGUCGUCGCCGCCCUGAGGGUUAGAGCGGUGACAAGAGUGCGGAAGAUGUUGCUUUCGGGACGCCCCUCGUUGACUAGUUUGGAGUGAAGAUCCUGUCGCGAGAGGGUGCGAGGUCCCUGGUUGAUCGCUGAAGCUAUAAUCGAUUUUGUCCGGGAUGGUGGGUUUUACCACCCGUCUAGGGCGAUGGAUGACUUUGGUUGUCUCGUGAACCAAGUAACUUGCUUCGCUCGACAUGCUUCUUGCUGUAUUGCUGUGGAGUUGUACCAAAUGGUGCGGUGCAAAGAGGGCGGCGGAGUACGGUAUGGACUAGCGCAGCGCCUGUUAGCUAGCACUCCAAGCACGACAUGGUAAAUUUGAGUAUCGUUGUUUUAGGUUUAUGGGGGGCUGGGGGGCGGGGGGGGAGAUUGUUUCUCGUGAUUUCUACCUGACAGAUAUGAAGACGAUGGGGGGAGCUGGGGUUGGUAUUGUUUCUGGAGUGUGCGGCGGGGUGAUAUUUCGGUGUUCGUGACAGAGGGCCGGGCAAGUCACUUGAUGGUGUCCACCGCGGCUGCAAAAGAGAAUCUAGGGCGUGUGACUGGCUUUCGCCGGAGGACGUGUUGGUCUCUCACGGCCAUGCAUGCAGUCCCUACCUCCACUCCUGGCUCCGCGUGUGUUGCCGGUGCCGGUUCGGGGUUAUAACUGCGUAGUAAAAAAGGCAUGGUUACAUGACGCAGUUUCCCCGGGAUUUCUGCUAUGUGGUGUCGUUUUUUAUUUAUUAUUUAGGUCACACAUGGUUUGAUUGUAAUGCCGCUGGAUUUCUUUUUUCGGCACCAUUGAUCUUGAUAAAGACACGUGGAGGCGUUGGGCGG